AUGUCUAUUAAAGUUGAAAAUUCAGACAAGAAAAACCAAAUCACUCCAACCUUGCAGCCACCUGGCGACAUUGUACUAGAGCUAUUCCAGAAAUAUCCUCUCUAUAUAUCAAAAACUGUCAGAAAAACUUAUUCGACUUUAGGUCCAUUUUCUGCUGACCAAAUCGGCUUAGGACCAUCUUGCAAGACAGGCGAAACCUUUGAUGGGGUCUUUUCUGGGACUGUUGAUCCAGACACUGAAACUGGAUUUGGAGUCAUGCUAUAUAAAACUGGUGAAAUUUUUGAAGGAUUUUUCAGACAAAUGAGUCCAAUGGGGCAAGGACGGUUUAUCGAUAGCAAUGGGACUGCCUAUGAAGGCGAAUGGAAUGGGAAAAUAUUAGUUGGCCACGCAAAAAUAAACUGGAGUAAUGGGAAAUCAUAUGAAGGGAGCGUUAAAGAUAAAAUUCCCCAUGGCAGAGGAACAGAAAUUUCUAGCAGAGGCAAAUAUGUGGGAGAAUUCAGCAAUGGAGUUAAAAAAGGCUAUGGGGAAUUUACCUAUGCAGAUGGCUCUAUUUAUAAAGGGAACUUUAAAAAUGAUAAUAGAUCUGAUAAAGGAUUAUUUAUAUGGCCAGAUGGAAGGCAGUAUGAAGGAGAAUGGCUUAAUGAGAUGAUGAAUGGUACUGGGCACUUGAUAUGGCCAAAAGAAAAAACUUAUAGAGGAAAUUUUUCAAAAGGAAAAAUCCAUGGAUUUGGGACUAUGCAAUGGAUAGAUGGAAAAAUCUAUAAAGGGCUGUGGGAAAACGACAAAAUGCAUGGAAAAGGAGAGCUCGCUCAGCCAGGCAAGCCAUCAAUAGUUGGGAUAUGGAGAGAUGGAAAACUAAUAAAUGAAAUCAAAAGCGAAAAAAGCUCACUUUCAGUGAGUAAGGCUUCUGAAGAACAAAGUAAAGCGUUAUCAGAAAGUGAUGAAGAGCUUUUAGUCUCUCUUAGCCAAUCAAAGCCUAAAAAAAGCAUAACAUCCAAAGCAAAAGGAGUCUUCCAAGACACAAGCUCAAGCGACUCAAAACCAAAGAUUUCAAUUGGCGAAUUUCAACAAAGAGAAGGUGAAGAGUCUAUAUCUUUCCACUCAGAAGAUAUCAAAGGAGGAGACUUAUUCCGAGGCCCAGGCACAUUGGAGUUUUUAACAAAUAAAAAAGAAGAUAGCAUUUUUGACCCUGAAGGAAAAAGCAAGCCACAACCAGAAGUGAAAAUGCAAACGCUAGAUGGCGAUUCUUCAAGUUUCGAAAUAAAGAUCCCUCAGGUGCUGCAUCCAAGAGAUUUUGAUGGCCUAAAAGCUUCAAAAGUCAAAGCCCCAGAACUCCUUAUCAAGCCAAAAGCUGAAAUUGAACUUCCAAAUUCAUCCAUAAAUCAGUCACAGAGAUCGUCAGUUAAUGAUAGCAAGGUAAAUAUUCGCACCCCAAUAAAACCUAAAGACAUAAAAGCAGAAAUAGACAGCAAAAGAAGCAGUGUCCAAUCAUCAUUUAGAGAAGAAGCCUUACUCCCCCCCCCCCCCCGUGAGCGAACAAAACCCAUUAGAAAAAUCGCCAUUUUUUGACAAAAAACCACCACCCUCCGUGAGUGAACAAAAAUAUUUUUAAUAGAAAAAAUUUUAAUAGAAAAAAAUUUUGCUAUAUAAGUGAUAAUUAGUAUAAUGAAAUCUAGAGCUAAUUCUGUUUAAUUUUAAACAAAUUGCGUUUUAAAACAUAAAUUUUGCAAAUUAAAUUAGUAUUUGCUUCCCAAUUUUUGCAAAUUAGGAUUUUUUUUAAAUUUCGAAAAAAAAAAUAUAUUUUUUAAAAUUUAUAUAUAAAUUGUUUUUAAAAAAAAAAAAUUAACCCCCCUCCGUGAGUGAACAAAAUUUUUUUGUUCGCUCACGGAGGGGGGGGGGGAGUUAGAGAAUAAACCAGAUAAAGGAAGUAUGGCAUCUUCUAAAAAAGAAGCAGCAGAAAUAGAAAAAUCACCAGCUAAAAAGAAAGAGCGAAAAAUAACUGGGCCACAAAUAAAAGUAGACACAUCAUCAAGUGCUCAAAGUGAGAGCUUUUCACAGUCUGAUCUUAAAGAGACCAAAAAGAUACCUAAAAAAGGUGAAACAGUUAACACCAAAAAUGAAGAAGCCUUAAAAGUCAGUGUGGACUUAGACUCUGAAAAAGAUUACCCAGAGUACAUGCCGUCUUUAAAUCUUCCGAAAAAUACAUUUAGCAGUAUAAAUGUAAAAAAAUAUAAAAGUGCAGGAGAGGAGCCACCAGUUGACCUAGAUAAGCUGCUAGAGCAGCUGUCUAGAAAAAAAGAUUUACCUUCGAAUCAAAGCUUAAAUUCAUCUCAGAUUUCUGCUGAUAUCAGAUCGUCUAUAUCUAGAGAUGUAGAAGAAAGUAAAGACGAGCUAGAAGAAAGCAAAGAAGAGCAGAGAUCUGUAAGCGAGCUUAGCGAAAGCAUGUCGUUUAAUAUAGCAGCUAAAGAGCCAAGCUAUAUAAAUAUUAGCAAAGAGCGCCACAAAGGAAGGCUUGAUAAGAUUAUGGUUGACAGUUCUGAUGAAAGUGGGGAAAAUUCAUUUGUUGAAGAUCAACUAGUUGAUUUGUAUUUAGCAGAACGAAAGUUGGAAGGAUUAGCAUCACCACUUAAAAGAAAUAAUUGCCCGACAACAGAUUAUCAGCAGAUGUCUAUUGAAGAUGUUCUGGAAGAGUUUGAUUUCUUUGAUAUACCAAAAAUAUCUGAUAUAAGUGAAAGGUAUUAUAUGCUGCUUGUUGGGAUGAGAGAAUCCUUAGGAAAAUUCGUUUAUUACGAUAAAGAUAUUAAAAAAACUAAAAGGUCAAAAUAUUUCACUGAUUGAGUUGAGUGUAAAAAAGGGCUUUAUUAUAAAGGUCAAUUAACUAGAAAGGGUAAAAGGCAUGGCAUAGGAAUGGAGCUGACCGUAAAUCAUCUAUAUGAAGGAUUUUGAAGAGAUAAUAAGCGAUGCGGACUUGGCAGAGUUAUAACAAUCAGAGGAGAUGUAUUUGAAGGUAGAUGGGUACUUGAUAUGAAGCUGGGCUUUGGCUCUCUUUGGAAAACAAAUGGAGUAGGCUAUGUUGGAGACUGGGAAUAUGACCUAUAUCAUGGAAAAGGAACGGAGGUAACAGGAAAGUGAACUUAUGAAGGAGAUUUUCAAUCAGGAGUUCGGCAUGGGAAAGGGAGGUUGGAACUUGAAGAUGGCAGUAUUUACAACGGAGAAUUUUUUGAAGAUGAGCCUCAUGGGUAUGGUGUUUUAACAUGGCCAAAUGGUAGCGCAUAUGCUGGAAUUUUCAUUCAUGGAGAAAUCAAAGGCAACAAAGGUAUCAAAAUUCCAAAUUAUUUCGCAAAAGAGCUGAAUGAAGAAACCAAAGGCAAAACCUCAACUAUUAAGUCAGAACUACUAGAAGAUGAAGAAGAAAGUAGUGAAGAUGAAACCACUUCAGCUAAGCCUCCAAUUCAUAGCCCAUUUUCUAAGCCUAAGGUAAAAAAAGUAAAGCCGCCAAUCGAUACUAAACCUUUUGAAGGAAAAUACUAUGGGAUCCCUAAGACCACAAACGAUGGAGAAAGCGAAGAAGAAACCAAAAAACAAGAAAGCUUAGUCUCAUUUCCUGAUGACCCAGACAAAUCUCCAUACUUUAAUGAGAUCCAACGUAAGUUCACUAACGCUCAAUCCCCAGUUCAGCGGAAAUUUUCGCAAGAUCUUCAAGCUCCAGCUCGACAAAAGACUUCACAAGAUAUUCAAGCUCCCGACAAAGUUCAAAUAAAUCCAUUGCAAUUAAAUCUUCAGGGCAGUAAAUCCCCAUUAAGCAUAGAAAAUUUAAGCCAAGCUGAGCUGUCUCCAAGUCAAAGAUCUGAAAAUCAAGGUGGAGAGUCUUCUCCUUUAAUCACAGUACGCAAUUUACCUAGUCCUGAAUCUGGUGUAAAAGGAAUUUUAAAGCAAGAUGGGAGUCCAAAGAAAGGUAUUAAGAUAACUCUUAUAGUCCCUGAGCAGCCCGAAUUGACUGAAGCUGAAAUCAAAAGAAGAAAAGAAUUGUUUAAGAAAGCGCAGCUUAAGGAUAAGAAGCCUUCUAAAGAGCAGAUUAAUAGGCUUAAAUCACAAGAAGAUUGGGAAUAG